GCUCGGCUCUUGGCCCGCUGGUCGCUUCUUCCCGGAGCUGCCGUUAUGUCUGUCCACUUCAGCUCCCAGGUCUUCAGCUCGCGCACCGCUGCCUUCCCGGGUCGCGGCGCCCAGGUGCGUUGGAGUUCGGCGCGCCCCGGGGGCUUCGGCAGCAGCAGCCUCUAUGGCCUGAGCGGCCCGCGUCCUCGCAUGGCCGUGUACUCCGCCCAUGGGAGCCCAGUAGGUGCAGGCAUCCGCGAGGUCACCAUCAAUCAGAGCCUGCUGACCCCGCUGAGGGUGGCCAUAGACCCCUCCAUCCAGCAGGUGCGCCAAGAGGAGCGGGAGCAGAUCAAGACCCUCAACGACAAGUUUGCUUCCUUUAUAGACAAGGUGCGGUUUCUGGAACAGCAGAACAAAUUACUGGAGACCAAGUGGGCACUGCUGCAGGAACAGAAGUCAACCAAGAGCAGCCGCCUCCCGGGCAUCUUUGAGGCCCAGAUUGCUGCCCUUCGGCGACAGCUUGAGGGGCUGCAGACAGAUGGGGGUCGUUUGGAGGUGGAGCUGAGGACCACGCAGGAUGUUGUGGAAGACUUUAAGAAUAAGUACGAAGAUGAGAUCAACCGUCGCAUGACUGCUGAGAAUGAGUUUGUGGUGUUGAAGAAGGAUGUGGAUGCUGCUUACAUGAACAAAGUGGAAAUGGAAGCCAAGGUGGAUAGCCUUAAUGAUGAGAUCAACUUCCUAAAGACCAUCUACGAGACGGAAUUGGCAGAGCUGCAGGCCCAGAUCUCAGACACAUCUGUGGUGCUAUCCAUGGACAACAACCGCUCCCUGGACCUAGACGGCAUUAUAGCUGAAGUCAAGGCCCAGUACCAGGACAUGGCCAACCGCAGCCGGGCUGAGGCUGAGGCUCAGUACCAGAUGAAGUUUGAGACCCUCCAGGCCCAGGCUGGGAAGCAUGGGGAUGAUCUCCGGAACACCCGGAACGAGAUUUCGGAGAUGAACCGAGCCAUCCAGAGACUGCAGGCUGAGACUGACAACAUCAAGAACCAGUGUGCUAAGUUGGAGGCCACCAUCGCCGAUGCUGAGGUGCAUGGGGAACAGGUACUUAAAGAUGCACGCAGCAAGCAGGAAGAGCUGGAAGCUGCCCUGCUACGAGCCAAGCAGGACAUGGCACAGCAGCUGCGUGAGUACCAGGAGCUGAUGAGUGUGAAGCUGGCCCUGGACAUCGAGAUCGCCACCUACCGCAAGCUGCUGGAGGGCGAGGAGAGCCGGUUGGCCAAUGAUGGAGUGGGAGCCGUGAACAUCUGUGUUAGCAGCUCCCAAGGCAGAGUUGUCUGCAGGGACCUCAGUGCAUCAGGAUCCUGGCCAGUGACUGGCAGCAACAGUAGUGCCCCCUACAGUGGGAAGCGGGCUUUAAACACCCUGAAGAGCACACACUGCAGUCCUUCCAAUUCCAACACCUCUGGUAGCCGGGGCACCCAUGGUGUAGGCUCCUGGAGCAUUAGCUCUAGUGGUGUGGGCUAUUACACUAUCAACUCCCAGAAGUAUUAG